GCCAGUUAUAUGGGACGUAUGUUCUAUGACGCGAAAUUGAUGCCGAUGGUCCCGAUCUAUAAAGUGGUCGAGGUUCGAAUUCGAUAGAAUGGGGUUCAGGUGAGGUUGUUAUUGAUGUUGGCGAGAGGACCGUGUUCUUUGACAGGCAACCGAAUCGAAUUGUGCGCUAACACGCUAGGCCAGGUACAGCUAGCUCGGAUGCGGCUCAACUUGGCACCGUAAUUUAUAUAUCUACGAGGGAACUUUCUCAAAUUCAAUUGGAACGAUAUUAUGGCUAAAGCAAAGCAGGCAAAGGGGGCCAACGUGCCUCACAAGGCUCUGCAUAGCAGGCUGUCUUAUUUAUACCAGGCGGCUACCUAUCUAUCAGCCCAGGAGAAGCCCUCCACAGCUCCAGCUAUUCCUACCCCUCCACCAGUUCCCUCUCAACCCCACCUACAAAAUGCUAGCAAUGAAAGCAGCCACAACCAAGCACCAGCUGAGCCCCAGCCAGCCUCUUCUCAAUUUCUCACGAGAGUACUACUUUCCGACCUCCGCACCGUCUCAAUGAAAAUGCAGAUCCGCCUAUCUCCAGGCAUGAAACACACGAUAUGCAAACGCUGCGACGCGCUCGUACAAGACGGCUCGACCUGCGUGACCAAGAUCGAGAACAAAAGCAAAAAUGGCAGGAAACCCUGGGCUGAUGUGCUGGUACGCACGUGCGGCAACUGUGGCUGCGAGAAGCGAUUCCCCGUCAAUGUGGAGAGGCAACCGCGGCGGCCGAACCGGGUGUCUAAAGCUACGACCCAAGUCGGCUGAGAGGAUGCCAAGGGGAUGUUUGAUACAGGAUCAAAUACCCAGGAAAUACGAUUACUGUCCGAUUAUCGGCCGCGCCAGCUAUGAGAUGCCCUCGGAGGUUGACCU